AGCCAAAAAAUGGAGCCGUCAACAAUCGAGCUUUUGGAUUUUGAGCCCCCACCGAUAUUUUGCAAUUCCUGUUUGGGAUCCACAGAUCCAGAAUAUUUGACCUACAACCUUGCGGUAUCCGGUGUUCUCCUUGCCAUUGUCGGAAUGAUAGGCCUAAUCGGAAAUAUGCUCGUCGUGAAGACCUAUCUGCAUCCCGAGCAGGCGAUCCAUUCCACCUCAAUCUACCUAGCAGCGUUAGCGUUCUCCGACUUUUUUUUGGUGCUUACCGCGAUGUUCCUAUUUGUGUUGGAGGCCUGGAGGCAUCAUGAUUAUCCGACUCUGGCUUACCUCUACGUCAUCGGAGCACCUAUCGUCUUCCCGGUGGCAGCUGUCUUCCAGACGAGCUCUGUCUACUUCUGUGUAGCUGCUGCAGUUGACUGCUUCAUCAUGGUAGUUCUACCCGAAAGUGUCAAGCAGCUGUACUGCACGCCGAGACGGGCAAAAAUCACCUGCGUAGUGCUCAUGCUCAUCUGCUUCAUCUACAACAUCCCGCACUUCUUCGAGCUGGAAAAAGUGGACUGUCUAGAUGAAGACGGUCGGGAUUCCAUGCAAAUCUGCCCGACAGACAUCCGGCUUGAUCCAGCCUAUUACGCGAUCUACUACACCUACAUGUACACCACAUUCCUGGCGAUCGGCCCGCUGACUCUUCUGAUCUUGCUGAACAUCUGUGUGGUGUUCACUGUAGUUACCAAGGGCAGCUCUAAUGAGAAUGGAGAAGACGACACAAUAUCCCUGAUCCUCGUGGUGUUCUUCUUCAUUUUUUGCAACUUCACCGCGUUGAUGGUCAAUUUUAUGGAGAUUAUCCUAAAUGAUCCGUCAAUGCUGGUGUACUUCGUGGAUCUCUCCAAUCUGCUGGUAGUGGUGAAUGGGACGGCCAACUUCUUUUGCUAUCUGAUCUUUGGUACAAGCUUCCGGGCUACUCUCAAGAAGGUAGUGCUGGGCUCCCCGGCAAAGCGAUCGGCGGUGCUGUGGAUCAACGACGAGGAGCACAAGAAUCAGCAGUCGCAUGCCUUGAUUUGACCUUUUUUGCUAAUUUGUCAAUUUUGAAAUCCCAAUUACGAGUAUAUUCCCCCUUCAAUACGGACCUUUUAUACCAAGCUUUUCUACCCUUUUGCCAAUGGAUUUUGUAUACACAUUCGUUAUUGAAACUGAAUCUUUCUUGUGUGAAAAUCAAUGUGUUUCUAAAAUUUGUGUUUAGCUGACAAUUCUACAGUGAUGAACCAACAGAAGUUUUG